AUGGCAUCUGGCGCUGCGGCAAAAGUAGGUGCAAGAGUACGCAAGAAGCCGGUUAUCAAAAUCAUCGAUAAUCCGCUGUACAAAUCGAUCGUAAAGGCACAGAUGGCAACAGCAGCGCCACCGUUGGGUCCAUUCCUGGGUAAACGAGGCAUUAAUGUGGCUAAUUUUUGCAAGGAUUUCAACCGGGCCACCAGUCACAUCAAACCAGGUAAUACCUUUUUUUGA